AUGGCGCUGCGAAAGCAGCAUCCCCCCGGGGCGAAGAAGCGCAGCGGGGACUCGGGCGUGGAGCCGGACCGCAGCCUCCCGAGCAAAGAGCAGCGGGACCAGCGCAUCAGCCUGUGUCUGCGGGAUUUCGACCAGCAGGCGAAGGAGAACCUGCAAGCUAUGAAGGAAGACCUAGAGGCGCUGCUGCAGACGGCCGAGAAGGCCUUCCGCGUGGAGCUCCUGACCAUGCCCCUGCUCAUGCGGCAGAUGAAGAGGAAGGAGCUGAUCCAUCUGAAGGAAGAAGACGCAGCUGCCACGGUUGUGGCCGCGGUGACAGCGAACGACUGCUCGGUGGGAGAGGGGCCCAAACCGAAGCUAGUAAGAACAGGCAGCAAGCGAGUUAAGGUCACCACAAUUGUGCAAUACGAAGAUGCAAAAGAGGAGAGCGGAUCGAAAACGAAGAAGACGUCACAAAAAAUUUUCAAAACCAAGUCGUUGGCUUCCUUGACAUCUGCCUUUAAGGGCAAACAGGGUGCUUCCUGGUCUGCAUGCUCCACUCCAAACGUGAGAAAUCCUGGCAAGCUCUGCCUGCUUGAACGGUCAGCAUCUGCCCCUAAGUGCACCCCGCUGGGCUCUAAGAGACUUCCCCAGCAGGGCCUCUCCAACAGCACAUCUGCUUCGGAAAAAAAGUUUGGCAUGGCUCUCAGAAGUGCUUCCAUGCCGCAGGAGAAAGCGGUUCCCUUUGUCAACAUCCCUCUGGCUGAUGGGCAGACUCUCUGUUCGGCUAAUGAUGACCUCCAGAACAUCAACAUGGACUUGCUAAAUGAUGACACUGUCCAACAUAUUCACACUCUAGUGAACCAGUUGACAGUCUUAUGUGGAAAAGCAACAGUUAAGCCAAGCUGA